AUGGAAAACAGUACUGUCUUUGAUUACUUAAACUUCACUAUGUUCAUGAACAUUGGGCAUUACCGUUAUCCAGCCUUUGUCUUUUGCCUUCUGCUCUACAGCUUUAUUGUGUCUGCUAAUCUUACCAUGAUAAUUAUAAUAUUACGGGAGAAAACGCUACAUGAGCCCAUGUACAUUUUCAUUGCAUUUUUAUCUGUCAAUGCUCUGUAUGGUUCCAUGGGUCUCUUCCCCAGAUUCCUCAUGGACCUACUGACUGAUACUCAUUUCAUCUCUCGUCCUGCUUGUUUUACACAGAUCUUUAUUAUUUACACAUAUGCUUCUUAUGAACUGACCAUUCUGAGCAUUAUGGCAUAUGAUAGAUAUGUUGCUGUGUGUCAUCCUUUACAUUAUCACAGAAAGAUGAACUCUAAAACUGUCUACACUUUGACAUUUUUUGCUUGGGUCUGUCCAGCCUGUAACCUUACAAUAAGCCUUAACAUGAUUGUCAAGCUUCCUCUGUGUGGUAACAAUAUACAGAGGGUAUACUGUGCCAGCUGGAAUAUUGUAAAAUUAUCAUGUGUUACCAGUGCUGUUAACAGUAUUGUUGCUUUGUUGGGGGCCAUAGCCAUAGCCUUUGUCCCCUUUAGUUGUAUCUUGUACACGUAUCUGAGAAUUGUGGUUGCUUGUUGGAAGUCAUCAGAGGUCAGAGGAAAAGUAUUACAGAGCUGUCUUCCACACGUUAUUUCAUUUGUGAUAUAUUCCAUCACAUCAUUUAGUGAUACUGCCCUGAGCCGACAAAAUCUUGAAGAGAUAAAUCCAUUUGCGGCUAUAAUUUUGUCACUAGAAUUUGUUAUUAUUCCUCCAGUUCUGAAUCCUCUUGUGUAUGGCCUUAAAUUACCAGAAAUUAGAAAACAAAUAUUUAAGACAUUAUGUUUAAAACCCCACACUAAAAGAACCUCUGUAGAACAUUGCUAG